CGCCGCCCCGCCCUCCGUCCCAGCGUGCGGUGGUCCGCGCGGCGUUCGUACGGGCCUGAGCACUUCGGCCCUGUCCCGCGCGGCGGCGGCACCCUCUGGCAGCAGCAGAUAAAGUAUCAGAAGCACAUAGAAGUCAACUGAUUUGCCUUAGGUUAUUGACCUGGUGGGCUGGAGCGAUAGCACAGCGGGUAGGGCAUUUGCCUUGCAUGCAGCCAACAUGGCCGACCCGAGUUCGAUUCCUCAGCCCCUCUCGGAGAGCCCGGCAAGCUACCGAGAGUAUCUCGCCUGCACGGCAAAGCCUGGCAUGCUACUCGUGACAUAUUCGAUAUGCCAAACACAGUAACAAGUCUCACAAUGUUACUGGGCCCGCUGGAGCAAAUCGAUGAACAACAGGACAAUGACAGUGAUUGACCUGGCCAGAAAGAUAGCACAGAGGGUAAGGUGCUUGCCUUGCAUGCAGCCAACCUGGUUUGAUUCCAGGCCCCCCAUCUGGUCUUCAGAGCCCACAGGAGUGAUCCCUGAGCAGAGCCAGCAUGCCCAUCCCAUUUUCAAAGAAGAAUUGCUUCCAGUUAUUUUGUAACCUAAAGAUCCCAGCUGCUGGCUUUAAAAAUGCAGUACAAAGUGGACUCAUUUUACAAUCAAUUUCCAAUGAUGUUUACCAAAAUCUGGCUGUAGAAGAUUGGAUCCAUGACCAUAUGAAUCUAGAAGGCAAGCCGAUUCUUUUCUUGUGGAGAAAUUCUCCCUCUGUGGUCAUUGGUAGGCAUCAAAACCCUUGGCAGGAAUGUAACCUGAAUCUGAUGAGAGAAGAAGGUAUAAAACUGGCUCGGAGAAGAAGUGGUGGAGGAACUGUUUACCAUGAUAUGGGUAAUAUUAAUUUGACCUUUUUCACAACCAAAAAAAAGUAUGAUAGGAUGGAAAAUCUGAAAUUAAUUGUGAGAGCUCUGAAUGCUGUCCAACCCCAGCUGGAUGUCCAGGCGACCAAAAGAUUUGACAUUUUACUUGAUGGACAGUUUAAGAUCUCAGGAACAGCUUCUAAAAUUGGCCGAACUACUGCUUACCAUCACUGCACUUUGUUAUGUAAUGCUGACAAACUCUUCUUGUCAUCUUUGCUCAAGAGUCCUUCCCAGGGCAUUAAGAGCAAUGCCACUGCUAGCAUACCUUCCUUAGUGAAAAAUCUUUUAGAAAAAGAUUCCACUCUGACUUGUGAAAAACUGAUGGAAACCAUUGCUGCAGAGUAUGCUGCUUAUCAUCAAAUAGAUAAUCACAUUAAUCUGAUAAACCCAACAGAUGAGACCCUGUUUCCUGGAAUAAAGUCAAAAGCCAAAGAACUGCAAACCUGGGACUGGAUAUAUGGCAAAACUCCAAAGUUUAGUAUAAGUACUUACUUUAACAUAUUAUGUGAACAGUCAUCCUUGGAAAUUAAAGUAUUUAUCGACAUAAAGAAUGGAAGAAUUGAAAUCUGUAAUAUUGAAAUACCAAACCAUUGGCUGCCACUGGAAAUAUGUGCAAAAUUAAAUUCAGAUUUUAUUGGCAGAAAAUUUUGCCCAAUUGAAACUGCUGCACUAACAAAUAAAAUAUGUCCAGAAGACAAUGAACUGCGCAGUAAAUGGAAUCUUCUCUGUGAAAAAAUUAAGGGAAUAAUGUGAUUCCUAGAAAAUUUCUUCAUACUGGUAGAUUCAAUGAGAAAAUAAAAAAUUUAAAUCUGCAUUGUAUGACUUUUAAAAUAAAAAAGCGCUAGUCUUUCAGUAAUACCAUUUGAAAUAGUCUAUCUCAUGUUCUUUCCUAUAUUGUUUGCUCACCUGUACUCCAGGAAACCAUCUCUGCAUUGAUCUUAAUACUUAGCAUGCACUUAAGAAUUU